AUGGCACGACUCACGACCGUCAUCGCGGCGGCAGCGGCACUGCUCACCGCGACAGCCACUUACGCUGAACCGCUAACACCGAAUCACGAAGCCGGGCGAUGUGCCAUACGCGGCCACUGCGGAAAGAAGAGCUUCUUCGGAAAGGAGCUACCAUGCCUCGACAACGGAUUGGCAACCGACCAGUCAGAUAUUGACGAUGACUUUGCCCAUGAUCUUGAGGCCCUCUGCGGCGCAAAGUGGAAGGACAGCAAGGUCUGCUGCAACCGCGAGCAGCUCGACGCUCUCAAGUCCUCCAUGUCCACGCCGAACCAAAUCAUCGGCUCAUGCCCCGCCUGCAAGGACAACUUCUACAAUCUGUUCUGCACCUUUACAUGCUCGCCCGAUCAGUCACUGUUCAUCAAUGUCACCAGAACGCAAGAGAAGAAUGGGAAACAACAGGUCCUAGAGCUGGACCAGUUGAUCUCAAAGGACUACGGCACAGGCUUCUACGAUAGCUGCAAGGAUGUCAAAUUCGGGCCUUCGAAUUCCAAGGCUAUUGACUUCAUUGGCGGUGGUGCGAAAAACUACUCGCAGCUUCUCAAGUUCCUCGGCGAUGAAAAGGCCAUCGGAUCACCCUUUCAGAUCAAUUUCCCUACGAGCUACUCCGAGCCAAAAAUGAGUCCCAGGGAUAUGAAGCCAAAGAAAUGUAACGACGAGGACCCGGCUUACAGAUGUUCGUGCGUAGACUGUCCAGCAGUGUGUCCAGAGCUACCACGUGUGGAGCGUGGCGGAUCCUGCAAGGUCGGCGUACUGCCAUGCUUGACAUUUGCCUCCAUUUUCACGUAUAGUGUACUACUGUUCUCCCUAGUACUUGUCAUCGCUGGCCAUGUUGCUUGGAGACGUCACGCUCGAAAGCAGAGCGAGCGACUCCAGCUCCUUCAGGCGACCGAAAGUGAUGACGAUGACGAAGGUGACUUGGUCCGCAACGGAGCAAUGUAUGACCGCCCCCAGAACUAUUACAAGAUCAACACUUGGUGUGACCUUGCCUUCAGUAAACUCGGCCAUGUCUGUGCCAGGUUCCCUGCAAUCACCAUCUUCACGAGCUUGAUAGUCGUCAUCGUGUUAAGCGUUGGCUGGGUCAAGUUUGACGUGGAGAGGCAGCCUGAAAAGCUCUGGGUGAGUCCCACGUCUGCCGCAGCCCAGGAGAAAGCAUUUUUCGAUGAAAACUUUGGCCCGUUCUACCGUGCCGAAAAGGCUUUCUUGGUCAACGACACUGGCGGCCCUGUCUUGAGUAGCGAUGUCAUCGAGUGGUGGAUGAGCCUCGAGAAAGAGGUGAAGCAACUUAAGAGCCCUAGCUUCGGAGCCAGGCUACAAGACGUGUGUUUCAAACCAACAGGUCCUGCUUGUGUGGUCCAAUCCGUCGCCGCAUACUGGGACAACUUGUAUUAUGAUAAAGACUCUUGGAGACAGGAUCUUCAGGAGUGUACCAGGUCGCCUGUCAACUGCCGUCCUGAUUUUGGCCAACCGAUCGAGCCAAAUAUGGUCCUCGGCGGCUACGCUGGCCUUGACGAUGUUGUUGAUGCUCCUGCCAUGACUGCAACCUGGGUCGUCAGCAACUAUCCAGAGGGCAGCUCUGAGAUUGCCCGAGCUAAGGACUGGGAAGUGGCCUUGAAAGAACGGCUGUUGCAAGCACAAGACGAGGCUGCUAACAAGUUCGGACUUCGGUUGUCUUUCUCGACCGAAAUCAGUCUUGAAGAGGAGUUGAACAAAUCAACCAACUCCGAUGCCACCAUCAUUGCCAUUAGCUAUCUCGUCAUGUUCAUCUAUGCCUCAUUGGCACUUGGGUCUACCAGCAUGACGGUUCGAGAGCUGAUUAGGAAUCCAGCUGUCUGUCUUGUCCAGAGCAAGUUCACUCUUGGCUUGGUUGGCAUUCUGAUUGUCCUGAUGUCGAUUACUUCAUCCAUUGGUCUCUUUUCGUGGGCAGGUAUCAAGGCUACCUUGAUCAUUGCCGAAGUCAUUCCAUUCAUUGUUCUUGCGGUUGGUGUCGACAAUAUCUUCUUGAUCGUUCACGAGUUCGAGCGGGUAAACAUCAGCCACCCCGAUGCCAUGGUCGAGGAACGAAUCGCGAAAGCACUAGGUCGGAUGGGACCGUCCAUUCUGUUCUCUGCCAUCACCGAAACAGUUUCCUUUGCUCUUGGCGCUUUUGUGGGCAUGCCCGCUGUCAGAAACUUUGCUAUCUAUGCUGCUGGCGCAGUAUUCAUUAAUGCACUACUGCAGAUGACUCUCUUCAUCUCGAUCCUAUCCCUGAACCAGAUACGCACAGAGGAUCACCGAGCAGACUGCUUCCCCUGUGUUCAGGUUAGGGCUGCCAGAGUCCAACUCAACGGCAACAACUCUUCUGGACCGCGGCCCUAUGAUGUUCCCGAAGAGAGCUGGCUCCAGCAGUUCAUUCGCAAGCAUUAUGCGCCAGCCUUGCUCGGCAAAAAGACCAAAGUUUUGGUCAUGGUCGUUUUCACGGGAUUGCUAGCUGCAGGCAUUGCAUUGAUUCCAAACGUCAAACUUGGCUUGGACCAGCGCGUUGCUCUGCCAGACGACUCAUACCUCAUCCCGUACUUCAAUGAUCUGUACGCUUACCUGGACACCGGCCCGCCAGUCUACUUUGUGACCAAAGACUUGAACGCCACCCAGCGAACGCAUCAACGAGAGAUUUGCUCCCGCUUUACUUCUUGUGAUAGUUUGUCGCUCACAAACAUACUUGAACAAGAACGUAAGCGGCCUGCCGUCUCAUACAUCUCAUCUCCGACUGCCAGCUGGGUGGAUGAUUUCUUCCUCUGGCUCAACCCAGACUAUGACACCUGCUGUAUCGAGGGACGUGAGACAUGCUUUGCAAACCGGAAUCCACCCUGGAACAUCACCAUGUCUGGCAUGCCUGAAGGUGAUGAGUUCGUCUACUACCUGAAGAAAUUCUUGGCUUCACCCACGGAUGAUGACUGCCCGCUUGGAGGUCAGGCCUCGUACAGCCAGGCAGUCGCCAUUGAUGACGAGCGAAAAACUAUCCGAGCCAGCAACUUCCGCACAAUGCACAAGCCUCUGCGCAGCCAGGACGAUUUCAUUGAUGCAUAUGCCGCUGCGCGUCGCAUUGCAAAUGACUUCCAGGCUAAUACAGGCGUGGAAGUCUUCCCUUACAGCGUAUUCUACGUCUUCUUUGACCAAUAUGCCGGUAUUGUCAAUCUAAGUGCUACGCUUCUCGGAUCUGCAAUUGCAGUCAUUUUUGCCGUGGCGACUCUGCUUCUUGGUUCCCUCUUGACGGCUUUGGCUGUCACUGUCACGGUCGCCAUGACGGUUGUCGAUAUCAUUGGUGCCAUGGCCGUGUUCGACGUGUCUCUCAACGCCGUGUCACUGGUGAACCUGAUCAUCUGUGUCGGCAUUGCCGUCGAGUUCUGUGCGCAUAUCGCUCGCGCCUUUAUGUUUCCAUCAGGCUCUGUAAUGGAACGAGCUAAGAACCGUUUCCGCGGUCGUGACGCCCGCGCCUGGACUGCGCUUGUCAACGUCGGUGGCUCCGUCUUCAGCGGCAUUACAGUUACCAAGCUACUGGGAGUAUGUGUCUUGGCGUUCACACGAUCCAAGAUCUUCGAGAUCUACUACUUCCGUGUCUGGCUCGCACUUGUCGUUUUCGCCGCCACUCACGCUCUCAUCUUCCUCCCAGUGCUUCUUAGUCUGGUGGGAGGUGAAGGCUAUGUAGACCCGGAGAGUGAGGGUGGAUUAGUUGAGGACCUGGCCAACAGAAGGUACAGAUCUCUUUUGCCCGAUGACAUGACAGACUCAGAGGAUGAGGACUAG